AAAACCUCAUUAAACAAACUUUCUCAAGUAAUUCGGACCGGCUUCAAAAUUCUCCGUUAGAACCCAUUGCCAAAACCCCCAAAUUCCAGUGAUAUUAUCCAAAUGGCGGCCCUGGUGUGUCCCGAGAAGGACGAGGCCGAAAAACGCGUGAAGGUCCUGCACAAACUGAAGGACCUAAUCGAAAAGGCCGAACAAGAUUUGGCGAUAGGGGUGAGACAGAUACCAUGCGGAAGAGCUCCCCUACUCGAACCGACCAAGCCCCCGGAAAAACCGGCUGGACCUCCCGACGUUAUGGUUUGCUACAAACUCCCCAGGAAGAAUGGGGACAACGACGGCGAGGAGGAGAGGGACGACAUCCCUUUGAGCAUGUCGAAGUCGCGGGAGCUGCGCGCCGGCGUCUUGUACCGCGGUUGCCACUGCUGCAAGAACAACGGUUUGCAAGACGAUUGUCCCCGUGCGGAAUGUCAGGGCUCACCCGCCUGUCUUACCAAACCCAUCACCUGCGGUCCCGUGGCGUACUGCGACGCCCGCCAUUUGACGGCGAAGUCGGAACGGUACCGCAACAAGGACAAGGAAAAGACGAAGGAGCAGAAAAUGAAGUACAAGUGCUUCCCGGCGACGGUCAAGCAGCCGGAGAUGCCGACCUGCAUCACUACCUGCAUCUAUGAGAUGGCCUGACGACAAGUGCAGCUUUUCUUUUGUUCGUUGUAUCUGGUUUUAUUUUUCCGUUUCCUCCCGACCAUCUCUCCCUCUUUGUUGUUUUUUUACAAUUUUGAUAGUUUGUGUUAUGCUUGUCAGUCGAGGCUGUCAAAUAUUUGUGGAGAGACGAACAGGCUUGUUGAAGGUGCGUGUGCAAAACUAUAAGGUUUAUUUGUUUUAGGUUUGUGUUAUGUUUUUUAUGAAACUUGUUUAGGACGCGUACUUUUGACAAGCCCAAUAACAGUGACAAGUUAAAGAUAUGUGUACAAGAAGUUUUCCAUGAUUUUUUUUUUGUAUAUUUUGAUUCGUACAUAUAUUUUUGACAAAUACCUAUUGCUACAAUGAAACAGUUUAGAAGACAAGUUAAAACAUAUGGUGGGUUUUUUUGUUAUUUAAGUUCACGUUUUGUUUGGUAUUUAUAGUUAUUUUUAUGUUUGUCUCCUUUAAAGGUUCUUUAAUAUUAAUUGCAAUUCUUCUCACCUUUUUACAAAACUUUUAAAUUCCCUUUUAGCUCUUGUCCGUUGCGAUGGUAUGUUAGUCUAUUAUAUGUGUUCUUUAAUAUUCUUUGCAGUUUCCCUUAACUUUGUAUUUUAAAUUUUUAAAUUCCCUUGUCUUUUAUGAUGGUAGAUUGGUCCCUAUGUUUCCUUUAAUUUUAUGUUGACCCACGUAUUUUUAACUUGUCAAACAAUCAAAAUAUGUUUUAACUAACUGGAAAUCAAAUUUAAGCCAAUUAACAAUGAACUGGGCAAUCUUCUCCACAUGGAAACAUCUUUCAAAAACCAUUCAAGAAGUCUGAAAUUGUGCAUGCACAACAAUUCAAGUAUUUUAGUCAAGCCCACAGUUAUUUCUUGAUUAAUUAUUGGGAAGCGUGCACCUGCGGUUGGUGCUGUGAGUCUUCUCGCGUUAUUCGUGUCAAAUUUUAACGUGUGCCCACAUUUCGACUUCGCAAGCCCACUGCCGUGAAACUUUUCCUUCGAACAGUGAUGGCGUUUAGGUCGCACGUUGGCGACGUUCGGAAGUUGUCUUCCCGAUCACCGAACUCAAUGUCGAAAGUUGCGCAGAAAAUGUUCAAGUUUCUGGCUCAAGCUGGCGUUUAUUUGUCUUUCGAGGAUGGUAGCAACAACUCGUUGUUUGUCUUCUGUGUUGUGUUUUUGAAAUUCUGGUUUCUGCGCGGUCCUUCGAACUUGUCGUGCCAUUGCUGUUGAUGGGAGGAAGAAGCAUAUGGUGGUGCGUGUGGGAGAAUUCAAGAUAAUUCAUGACCCAAGACUGAAAACGCAACAUUCUCUCGCAACGCGCCAACAUCGCAUGUCCCCGAGUAAAAUGAUCACAUGACAUGAAAACUUUGCGGGAUGUUGGAAGUACCUUCAAGUCAAGUUAUAUUUUCCAAGGAUCAAGAUUUUGAUCGCUUCGUGGCCGCAACCGUGUGAUGGUUGCUUUGUUUUCCACUUUUCUGUUUUUGUUGUGUUUAUUUUU